CCGGCACGCGCGAGGACCAACAAGACUACGACCCGGACGACAAGGAAUAAUUUAAGAUUCUUGAAGACCUGCUGCCGCCUUACAUCGAGUAACAACGGUAGUUCAUCAGCCCUUGGGAACUUGACGAUGGCCCGUGGUUUGCUCCGAGUAUUAUGCCUGGCCCGACACCGGUGGGCAGAUGGCAUGUUUACGCAGGAACUCUCGACCCAAGUAGAAUCGAGCCACACCUCCAGAACUGGGAUAAAUGACAGUAAGAUCAGGUUGGUUGGAUUUUUGGAUUUUAUUUACCAACUAAGCACGGCUUGUAUCGGGGCAAGUCUCUAGAUUGUCCAUCACAGGCAGGAGACUGGCCGCAUCAGAAGAUAGCAAACGGCCGCCACUUGAACCGUGAACAGCUGCGAGCUGACACUCUUCUACGUAUUUAAAUAUUGUUCCUGUCCUUAAUGUGAAAUUCUAAAACACGGCUAUGAUUUGGAAUUAGUAUCUCUAGUGUGAGGGCCUGGUCCUCCAGGCCUCCCAGACGCUCUGACUAAUCAGACGCCAGUUGGGUGGAUCCACC